CUUUUAACACAAAACACAUUAUCUGAAUCAUCAAAAGAAAGAAAAAAUGGGAAAGAAGAGCUCUGUAUCAAUCCUCUGCUUCAUACUCAUAAGCUUCAGUCCCAUUUUUGUUUCCGCACAAACUUGUAACAAAGCUGCUGCGACUUUCAAACCCAAUAGUCCAUAUGACAAAAAUCGACGUCUCAUCAACUCUACUCUUGCUUCUAACGUCACGGCUCACGCUGGCUACUUCAACGGCUCCAUCGGGCUAGGCCCUGACAUAGUCUAUGCCUUGGGGAUGUGCGCUCCGGGUGCUGAACCACAAGCUUGCUCCUACUGUAUCCAGGACGCCUCAGAUAGUAUACUAAACGCCUCAGAUAGUAUACUAAAUACCUGUUUGAACCAAACUGAUGCUUUCAUGUGGUCAGGUGAAGAGAUCAUUUGCCUUGUUCGCUACUCUAGUAAGUCCUUCUCUGGGGUUCUUGCCUUGGAGCCUAUUACACCGUUUCAUAAUGAGAUUGACAUAAGAGAGGAAAACCAGAAGGAGUUUGAUAGUGUGUGGGACGGGUUAGUGCUUCCUAUGAUCACUAGAGUUUCUUCCUCGGUGAGAAACAAUUCAUCUACUUCUUCUUUAUCAUUGUCUGGUAAAUACUAUGCAAAGGAUGUAGCUCCGGUACCGGUUUACGGGAACAUAUUGGUGCUGAUGCUAUGCACUCCAGAUAUUUCUUCAAAGGAUUGUAGUCUUUGUCUAGAGACAAGUGUUGAUUACUAUAAGAAAUGGUUUCAUACGAAGAGAGGCACCAUUUUAUUGCGGCCAAGUUGCUUUUUCCGGUGGGAGUUGUAUAAUUUCUCUGGUGCUUUUGAUAAUAUUAAUGGUCAACAUCCGCCUUCACUGCCGCCUCCAAAGAGUCCUUCUGUAUCUAAUCUGACUAAUAUAGCCAAGAAAGAUAAAAAGGUCUCAGUAGGUAUUAUCCUAGCAAUAGUUGUAGGUAUUGUUGUUACCAUAGUAUUGAUUUCUUUAGGCCUUGUCAUGUUCAAGAGGAAAAAGAAAAACCAAGACAUGCAACUUCCAACGGAAUCUGUUCAAUUUGAUUUCAAGACAAUUGAAGCUGCUACGAGCAAUUUUUCUGAGGCCAACAAGCUUGGUGCAGGUGGAUUUGGUGAGGUUUACAAGGGCAUUCUCAUGAAUGGUACUGAAGUUGCAGUAAAGAGACUGUCCAAAACAUCAGGACAAGGUGAGGGAGAGUUCAAGAAUGAGGUUGUUGUUGUUGCAAAGCUUCAACAUAGGAAUCUUGUUAGACUUCUUGGGUUUUCACUUCAAGGAGAAGAAAAGUUACUCGUCUAUGAGUUUGUUCCCAACAAAAGCCUUGAUUAUUUCCUCGUUGACGCUAGUAAGAGAAUUCUGUUAGACUGGACAACGCGACACAACAUCAUCGGUGGGAUCAGUCGUGGGAUUGUAUAUCUUCAUCAAGAUUCACGGCUCAAGAUCAUACACCGCGACCUCAAAGCUAGUAACAUUCUGUUAGAUGCUGAUAUGAAUCCAAAAAUUGCUGAUUUCGGAAUGGCAAGGAUCUUUGGAAUGGACCAAACUGUAGACAACACAUCAAGAGUAGUUGGAACCUUCGGUUACAUGCCACCUGAGUAUGUGACACAUGGACAGUUCUCGAUGAAGUCAGAUGUGUAUAGCUUCGGAGUACUGAUUCUUGAGAUCAUUAGUGGCAAAAAGAAUAGCAGUUUCUACCAGAUAGAUGGUUUAGUUAACAACUUAGUCACUUAUGUUUGGAGACUUUGGGAGAACAAAUCAUUGCCUGAUCUCAUUGAUCUUGGUAUUAAAGAAGACUGUAACAUCGAUGAAGUUGUUAGAUACAUUCAUAUUGGACUGUUGUGCGUUCAAGAAAAUCCUGCAGAUCGUCCAACAAUGUCAACGAUUCACCAAAUGCUCACAACCAGCUCCAUUACUCUGCCUGUACCUCUGCCACCGGGAUUUUUUUUCGGGAACAGAUCAGGAACGACUUCUUCAUCCCAGGGAUUGGAGCCGAAUCAGUCGAGCAGCAAGUCUUUUACUUGUUCAGUGGAUGAAGCAACAAUUACUGAGGUUAAUCCUCGUUGAAUAGUGAAGAUGAUCUGUUUGGUUUACGUUUUUCCACAAAGGCUGCAUGGACAUGGAGCGGAUAUCUGGAUAUAUCUCAGGUAUCUGUGAUCUGUUCUGCCCCAUACAAAUACUUGAGUUUUCGGUCGGCUUGGCUUUGUAAGAUUUUAAGUAUUCGUUAGUUUGAAUAUCCGGGACUAUUUAAAUGAUUCAUGGAUUA